UGUUCGAUUUCUAGACUGUCUAUAGUUCGAUUAUCGAUUUUGAAAGUUCUUAUCACUUUUUGAAAACCUUAUCAAAAAUUUCGGAAAAAAACUUUCAAUGAAUUUUAAAUAUUAUAUAAUCAAGAAUUUAUGAGACAAAUUUUCAAGAAAAACAUAGACGUUGAAGAACAUGGAACUGAUGGAAGAGGACGACGAUGAAGUUGUUCUAAAGAAUUCCGCUUUAUACUCGCAUUUACUUGAGAAUGGUUUGAAUGAUUUCGAAUCGGCCGAAAUUCCAAAACUUGAUAAUUACAAUACACCUCCGGAUGUGCCCGAGAAGAAUGAACUCGAUAGUCAUGAUAUUUAUGAGAACGCCGCUGGUUUGGAUAAGUUCACGGAUAUCAUUCUGAACAGCAAUCUUGUGUUUCACGAUGACAUUAUAAUUAUCAAGAAUUUUACUUCAGUUUAUCAAAAACCCUAUUCUGUUAUUAAAUCUUCGUACUUUAAAUUAAUAUGCCAGACUUCGGCUACGAGUUCCAUCAGUUUGUUAUGCUCGUUUCGCGCCUUCAAAUUUAAACCAUUGAUUUGCGUUUCUUUGAGCCUUACACCUUUGGGAUUCUAUACAGUGAAACGUUUGCAUCAGAUGUACGUCGAGUACAAAGAUAAAACCUGUAUAAAUGAAAUGAUAAAAAAUAUGAAAGAUUUGUCUAUGAUGGUGCACAAAUGUGUGAAGUUCAUUCAAGAAUCAGAAGUAUUAACGUAUUAUUCAGUCAACGAAAGUAAAAUAAAGUCGUCUUUCGGAAUAUCAUCUGGGAAUAAUAAUUGCAGAGGGCAAAUCAUGUUCCAAUUACGUCGUGCAGUUUAUGAUACUCUUCAGUCAAUUAUUUUCAACUUGAAAACUACCAUUUGUUCAUUAGUGAAAAAUUUUCCUAUUAAGAAAUCCGCAGAGAAUAUGAAUUUUUAUCUAGCUUUUUUGAAUGAACAAGAGCUAUGCUGCGCUAAAAAUCAUAAAGAAACAAUCACUGUCGACGAGUUACAGAAAAUGAAAUACAUUUAUUUACUGCUGCAGUCAGAAUUUCUUAAACGUUUAUGCCUCAAUAUGAAUCCUUCUCUAUGCGUAAAUCGGAUCAAUAAAGAUAAAUUACUUCAUUUAGUGGAAACAGUCAGCGUAAAUUAUGCUCAACUUCAUUCGCAAAUUAAAGACGUCUUUCAUAUCUUCUACAUUUUGGAGAAACCAGAUGAACGUAAAACAACGACUAAUGCUGACUGGAUUUAUAAGGAAGCUUACGUUAAAAUUUGUAGCGUUUCUCAAAAUUUACAAACGUUGCUGAGAAAAAGUCGACACAUCGAGGAAUAUUUAGAAAACACCAGAAUACAAAAUAACGAUCAUGAUAAUGUGAUUUCCACUCUUGAUGCGUUUUCCGAAGAAUUAGUUGAGCACUACGAGCGUUCCAAGUCAGUGAUUGAUGAUUUUUAUAACUACGUGCUGCGUCAAAAACCUAAAACCUCGAAUGAUAUUAAUCCUACUUCUAUUUCUACCACCGAAGAAACUAAGGAUAUCCAUAGAAUUGCUGUACCUGUAGGAAAAUCUGAUUUUAAUCCUUCAUGCCCCGAUGAAGUGUUCAUCGGUGUUUCAUCUCAAGAAAAAAAGACUGAAGAAGAAAAUGCGGACGAAGAUUAUACCGUUUCGAAGAAGUGUUCAAAAUUACUCAUUAGUGAGCUGAAAUUAGCUUUGAAAGAUAAAGCUCAAGAGUGGAAAGAGAGAGAACGAGUUGCCUUACAAAGUAAAAAUUUAGUCGAUGAGGAAGAAAGUGAAUCAGAUGAAGAAGACGUCUCAAGCUGUGAUGAACUAGAUGAUUUGAAGAUAAAUAAGAAGGAAUUUUUUGAACUGGAUUCUGAAAGUAGUGAAAAUGAACUCAGUACGAAUGUGAACCUACCCAUGAAUGGGUUUCCGAUGGGAGCCACGUUUGCUGAAAAAAUUGCAUUUGCUUCGUCCAAAUGGGGUUUAAAAUCUGAAGAAUUUGUGGAUGACAGCGAAGAUGAUGUUUCGCAAGAAUCCGACUCCUGAAGUACAAAUUUUGCUCGUGUGAUAUUAACGAAUAACUCAUUUUGAUUAAAUUUCUUUACUUUUAAUAGGUAACACAAUUUUAAUAUAAAAAUACUACUUUU